AUGCCUCCUGUCCGAACAACAGCUUCUAGAGCCGGAAAGUCUGAACGAACUCAUGAAGAAAAUGUAGAGCGGGCUUUCAUAGCAGCUUCACGACGGUGUGAUAGAACCUUAGAGGCCCGACUUGAGUCUGCAAGGCGAGCAUCUGAGAUUCACAAGGCCCGUACGGGACGCGGCCUCCGAAUCACGGAAAAAGAUGUCCAGAACGAAGAGAUGUACGAGGAAGAAGAUGAUGACCUCCCUCUCCAAUAUCGGCACCUCACAGCUGGCUUUCAAACAAGUAGUCCUGAAUUUAAUCGACGCUUUGCAGCCUAUCUGACUACCCAUGUGGCUGUUAGGACAGCUCUAGAACAGAGUAUUAUCCAGUCAUAUGCUCAGCAACAGCAAGCCUCUGGGUACGAUCCUAACCAGUCAUUUCAGGGCCAACAUUACGGCAUGUACCCAUCCCCACUACUUGCCCACCAAGCUCAGAGUCAGCCGUCACCAGCGAUAUCUACCGUCCAAGCCCAACCUACCUCUACUCGCUAUUCCCCAUAUCAGAUUCCUUCCCGUACUACUGCCGUUCCACUCCCUCAACAAAAGGGGUCACCGUGCAAUUCAUCUCCAUCUAUGCCAAUGACCUCGGCUUACAUGAGCCCGUGUGUCCCAUAUACAGAGAAGCAAGCCGGGACAUUACCCACCGCAACUGACAGGCCCGUUGACGAAAUAAGUGCUUCAUCCACAUCAGAUACAUAUUUGUGUAAAAACAUGGCACAGCCAUUCCAAACCUCCCAAGCUGAAGACCCCCAGAACCCUUACUCACAAUCCUUUAAUUCUAACAUGGCCUCACUGGGACCAUUCAGUAUGGCUCUUCCCGCCGAAACUCAGGCAUUUCUGGGCCCGAAUAUCGGUUACCAUACCCAUGCAGCUAAUGAUACUAUAAAUGGCCAAAAUAUUAACUUGAAAGCGAAUAUACAUAGCUUUACAGGUGAUAAUAUGCAAAUGAUGAUGGAUCAUAUCAAACCAGAAGCCCUGUCUAAUCCUGAAGGACUCAACUCAACUUUACUCCCAGAAUCCACUCCUCAUGAUAGUCCCUAUCUCUAUGGAAACCAAAUAUACUCCAACAUCACCCAACCGACCUCGGGAUCUAACUGUGCUAUAACACCCGUUUCUGAGAUCGACGAGGACGACUGGCGGUAUUUUAUCAACAUAAACAGAUCAGACGGGUCGCCCUUAUCUGAUUGA